CAGAGACAAGGACACUCUUGCGAAGCUCCUGAGUGAAUGCCCUACUUCCUGUAAAACCAAUACCUAAUAAAAUAAAAUCUAGGUAAAGGUUAUAACGUUUAUUUUUGAGGCGUUUGGAGCAUUUUCAAAAGUAUGUCGACCAGAUCCAGUGAGCAGACUGCGUGGCCGGCCCGAGUGCUGCGGUGGCGGGUGAUCGCCGGGAUCGCGGCGCCCCUCGUCCUCCUCGGCGGCGUCGGCCUCAACACCUUCUUCAUCCUUCGGGAAGACUGGAACAGCGUCCUCGCCUCCUCCCUGUUCUUCUUCUCAGUCUUCCAGCUGCUCUACUGGUACCUCCGAGCCAAGACUUUGUGCAGCAACCGCAGACAGGUGCGAUCGGGCUUCGUCCAGCCCAGCGAGUCGCCCCGAGAAGUGCUGGAUGAACCGCCACCUUACGAGGAAGUUAUCAAGACUGAGGCUCCUCCCCCGGCCUAUUACACCGUCGUCUCCGAGGCCUACACAGCCGUCCCUUCGCCCGUCUCUCGCACUUUCUCAACCUUUUCGCUCCCAGCUGCUUCUCCGUCAACAAGCUCCGAGAAGUCGAAGGGCUCCAAGCAGGCUCUUAGUUCCUCGUGCAUCCCCGUCCACAAGGCCUCCGGUCGGGUUUCUUCAGCGCCAAGGCCCACUCAGCCCGAGGGCGACGUCCUUGCAACGCCAGGCGGCCGAAGAGCGGCCAGCCAGGGGCGGGAGCACACGGACAGCAGCUCGAUUCACUCGGAGGAAAAUAACAGCACAAGACAGCUCACGACGGUUGCCAGCUCAACCCCAGACCCCAUCAGGGCAGCCCUCGUGCGAGCCCAAGAGGCGCAGUCCGGCGCUCGGCCCGGCCAGCCAGCCCUCAGGCGCUCGCAGCGACACCUCGGCCAGCCCUCGCCGGCGCCGCCAGCCCCCACGCACAGACAGACACAUCCGGGAGCAAGGGCAUAGGGAGUGAAAAAACUUUUUGUUAUAAUUGUAUUUAAUUCGUGUUCUUACUUCAUCAUGGUAAAUGCAUCUCAUAGUUAUAGUUAUUUUGUCAACGAGUACCGCUCUUCAUGCACCGAGUUACAUAUGCAUACACAUAUAUAUACAAGUUCUCUCUCUCUCUCUCUCUCUCUCUCUCUC